GUCUGGACAGGACGACGUGAGGUGGACGUGCACAUAUAACCAUACUUCGUAUAUACAUAUAAUUUAUAUGGCAAAGUUGUAAGGGCGUCUUUAAUUAGCUUUGGGGGGGUUUUCUCGGAUUGAUUUAUAUAGAGUGCUCGCCAUGUACAAGCAGGUACCGAAAUGCAAGCAAGAGCCCCCAAAGAGCCCCCUUUGGCGUGCAUCCGCAGCGAGACAGCCAAACGUGGAGCUGAGGGAUGAAAGCCUGGCAUGCCUGGAAACCCGGAGGCGAGGCCCACUCCCACUGCACUGCACUGCCCUACUCGAGUAGAGUACUCUUAGGCAUAGGCAUAGGCUUCAGCAGGCUUACUGUAGGCUUCAGAAAUCAGACUCAGGAGAAAUGGUACAGUAGCGUAACAUUUCUCUCCCUCACCCUCACCUGCACCCCCCAAACAUUUGCAACAUCUUCUAACGGGCUUCUGGCGCCCAAUUGCUCUCUGCUACUCUUUCACCACCUUCCUUCAUGAUACCUUCGUAGCACAUCCUCUUUCCUCAUACGACCGUCAUCGUCAACACCAGCCCAACUCGACACGACACGGCACGCAAACAUCAACAUCCACAUCCACAUCCACAUCCACAUCCACAUCCACAUCCACAUCCACAUCCACAUCCACCACAUCCUCGGAAAUCCCCGCAAAAAGUACACGCUGCUGGCGCUUACGCCUUACCUCUCCUUGCCCAGCUAGACAACAUCGAAUUGGUGUCCUCUCCCUCCCCAUCCCCCAUCAAACGCCAUCUUUGACAACUCCAUCUCCGGCACCGUCACCGACGACAAAAUGAGGUUCAGCGGACGGCAGCCGUCGCCUCUUCUUCUCUUCCUCCUACCUUCGCUGGCCACCGCCCUCUCAGCGGCCGCCCAAGAUAACAUCCAAUCCGCCCUCACCAAAAAUACUCCCUCCAAUGCAAACCCGAAAGUGGAACCCGACGUGUCGCCCUUGGGCGAGCUCAAUGCCAAACCGAAAUUUGAGAUUGGUACCAAGGAUGCGCCGGUGGAUGGCAAGGAUGGAAAGCCUCAUCGCGGCCCUUGGGUCGAUACCGCAAAGGAUCCAAAGAAGGAUUCCAAGGACUCCAAGAAGCCUUCGACUAAGUUCGAGGAUGCAGAAUUGGUCAUAGAAUCGAAGGAGGAGCAGAAAAGGUUGGUGAACCCAGAUGGCACGAAAAUACCAGAAGUCAAUGACGGCGUCAUGGAUGAUCCUCACCGAAAACCACCCAAGAAAGGAACAACAGGGACAGAAGGGGGUGUCAGUGAGAAGGAUAAGGCGCGUAAAGCAAAAGAAGGUCAGACUGGCGAGAGAAUAGAAAAGAAGCCAGAUUCGCCCAAGGAAGCACCUCCAUUACCACCAAGCGAACAUGACAAGUCCAAGGGGGAGAAAGUCAAAGGGGAUUCCAAGUCCAAAGUUGGCGAUGCUACGGACGAUAAGUCGGCACCUGGUGGACUCGAGGUAGGAAUGUUGCGUAUAUAUUCAGGUAAUUGACUAACCAUCCCAGAAACCAAACGACCUCCCUUCGAAACAAAACAGCUCUCCUCACCCAGUUCCACAGUCUGCAGAUAAAGAUCACCUCGGGAUCAAGAAACCCGGCGGAAAACCAGCCUCAGAGUUCCCUAUAACCGAUGGCGAUGCUUCCGAGGGCAUCAUACAACCAUUCCAUUCUUAUAUCCUCUCACUUACCAUGAUUCUAUUUUCCGAAAUUGGGGACAAGACAUUCCUUAUUGCCGCUCUAAUGGCCAUGAAGCACGACAGGAUUUUGGUUUUUUCCGCAGCAUUCGCAGCACUUAUGGUUAUGACUGUUCUAUCGGCCGUUCUUGGCCACGCAGUUCCAACCCUGAUCCCAGAGAGAUUCACACACUUCCUCGCAUCAGGACUAUUCUUGGUAUUCGGCGGUAAAAUGUUGAAAGAAGGACUAGCCAUGAGUCCGGAUGAAGGAGUCGCGGCAGAAAUGCAAGAAGUCGAACAAGAACUCGAGGAAAAAGAGCACCUAGCACGUAAACAAAACCGCCGACGCUCCUCCAUCUCUCCGUAUGCCCUGGAAAUGGGUCUAGGCGAUCGUCGUCAUACUAGCAGUGGAAGUCGUAAAUCCAGGUCAGGAUCCCGACUCCCUUCUCCUCCACGAUCUCCCUCGUCGAGUCCCGACCGCUCCUCAUCUCCAUCCCCACGACGCAGUAAUUUCACAAGUCUAAUGAAUGGCCUUAGUAAUCUCUUUUCUUUGCUUUUAAGUCCAGCGUGGGUCCAGACUUUUGUUAUGACAUUCUUGGGUGAGUGGGGUGAUCGCAGUCAGAUUGCGACGAUUGCUAUGGCGGCUGGAUCGGAUUAUUGGUGGGUUACUGGGGGAGCGGUGAGUGGCCAUGCGGUUUGUACGGGGAUUGCUGUUAUUGGGGGAAGAGCUAUUGCUGGGAGGGUUAGUUUGAGAGUUGGUAGGUUUUCCCUUUCCCCCUUUACCCCUCUACCACCUUUUUUCAUCCAAAAAUUCUUUUGGUAUGCCCAAACAAACAAGCUGACGGAAUGAAUAGUCACAUUAGGAGGAGCCAUUGCCUUCCUCAUUUUCGGCGUUAUUUACGGUGUUGAGGCUCUGUAUGCGUAG